AUGCUUGAUGACAUCCAAGAGACCUUCAAGAACCUAAGGAAGGUCAACAUGAAACUUAACCCCGAGAAAUGUUCGUUUGGGUUUGAAGAAGGUAAAUUCCUAGGGCAUAUUGUGGGAAAACAAAGUAUAAAGGCCAAUCCAAACAAAGUCAAAGCUGUUCUCGAAACCAAACCAUCACGAAGCAAAAAGGAUGUGGAAAGCCUAAAUGGGAAGCUUGCUGCCCUGAAGCGUUUUACCUCAAAGUUGGCUGAGAAGUCUUUGCCUUUCUUUAAAACUCUUAAAGGAUGCUCUGACAAAAAAGAUUUCAAAUGUACUGAAGAAGCUGAGGAAGCCUUCAACCAGAUGAAGCAACACCUAGCUUCCCUCCCUGACAAUGCAGCCCCAGAAACAGGAGACCUGGUCUCUGUAUACCUUUCGGUUGCUGAAGAAGCAAUAAGUGAAGUUCUAACCAUCGAACGAGACAAAGUUCAGGUACCCGUUUAUUUCUUCAGCAAAACUCUAAAACUGGCAGAGAUCAAGUAUCCUCCUUUGGAAAAACUUGCUCUAGCCCUAGUCCAAAUGGCUAGAAGGCGUCGAAGGUAUUUCCAAGCACACCCUAUACAAGUCGUCAUCGACCAACCCAUUAAGAGUGUGCUUGAAAAACCGGAAAACUCGGCGCAAUUAGCCAAAUGGGCCGUGGAACUAAGUGAACACAAAAUCACCUAUGUCCAUAGAAAAGCCAUCAAAACCCAAGUAUUGGCUGAUUUCAUUGUAGAAGUCCCGAAGCAAACCAUCACUGAAGUUAACACAGCUACCACUGAACCGUCUGACCUUGAAGCCUGGAAACUUUUUACCGAUGGGGCUUCAAGCAUUGAAGGGUCAGGGGCUGGACUCAUUCUGAUCAACCCUAAAGGGUUAAAAUUCACGUAUGCUCUUCGAUUUGAAUUUCAGACCACCAACAACGAAGCUGAAUACGAAGUGUUGAUAGCCGGCUUGAGGUUAGCCAAGGAAAUGAAGGUUCAAAAGCUUCAAGUCUUCACGGACUCGUUGAUGGUGUCAAGUCAAGUGAAUGACAGUUAUGUUGCAAAGGAGCCCAAUAUGAAGAGGUACAAAGAAAAAUCUAAAGAGCUGAUGAAUACAUUCCAAACAUGUACCAUCAAGCAAAUUCCCAGGUCUCAAAAUAAGAAAGCUGAUGCCUUGAGUAAACUCGCUUCUCUUACCUUUGCCCACCUCACCAAAAAGGUAUUUGUAGAGGUGUUGAAAACUCCAUCAAUUGAAGAAUUGGAAGUUCAAGACGUAAUCACUGAAGAAGGCCCCAAUUGGAUGAUUCCAAUUAAAAAAAUCCUUAAAAACGGUGAGUUACCUACUGAUCAAACAGAGGCUGAAAGGGUUAAAAUCAAAUCUAGACAGUACGUGUUGCAAGGUGAAAUCCUCUACAAAAAGGGUUACCUUGCACCCUUGCUGAGAUGUGUCGGUCCCGCACAAAGCCAGUACUUGGUCAAAGAGGUUCAUGAAGGGAUAUGCGGAGCUCAUUUUGGAGCAAGAACGAUGGUUGCUAAACUAAUGAACCUUGGGUAUUUUUGGCCUUCCAUGCACCGAGACACCGCUGAACAACUGAGAAAAUGUGAUUCAUAUCAAAUUCAUGCACCGGUCCCAAAGAGCCCCAAGCAUGACCUUGUCCCGAUAUCUUCAGCCUGGCCAUUUUAUAAGUGGGGAAUGGACAUUGUCGACCCAUUCCCACCAGCCAAAGGUGGAGUGAAGUUCUUAUUAGUGGCCAUAGAUUAG